GAGUCUUUCUUCCUGUCGUCUUCUCUGUCUGUCUGUCUUUCAGACCUAAGAGGAAAAGAGGGGAGAGGGACUGAGAGAGAUCUCAUUUCUCAGUAGAAAAUUAGAGAGGAAGAGAGAAAUGCCAUGAAUGACUGAUGAGAGAAAAAAGUGAAUCGGAAAUUUAGAUAGACGGAGAAAGAAAAGAUAAUUAGAGAAUAAAAAUGAUGCGUCGAGAUAUUUCACAUUAUUUGCAACCUAGAUUUCUUCUUAUAUUCCUUGUUGCAAUCAUUCUUGUUUUCCUCGCAUUUCCAAAUUUUCAACGGGAAGAAGAUAAGGCAGAAGAGGUGCACGAAAUUACUCACAGGGUGUUCUUGGAUGUUGAUAUUGGUGAACAACGUAUAGGUAGAUUGGUAAUUGGGUUGUAUGGUCAGGUUGUCCCCAAAACAGUUGAAAAUUUCAGGGCUCUUUGCACAGGAGAAAUGGGCACGGGUGCCAAUGGAAAAGAACUCCACUAUAAGGGAGUACCAUUUCAUCGAAUAAUUUCUGGGUUCGUAGUACAAGGUGGUGACAUAGCUCAUGGGGAUGGGAAGGGAGCUGAAUCUAUAUAUGGUGGCACCUUCCCUGAUGAGAAUUUCAAGGUCAAACAUUCACAUGCAGGUAUUGUUUCCAUGGUGAACUCUGGACCUGAUUCCAAUGGCUCGCAAUUCUUCAUAACGACGGUCAAGGCCAGCUGGCUGGACGGGGAGCAUGUUGCAUUUGGUAAGGUGAUUCAAGGGAUGGACACAGUAUAUGCAAUAGAGGGUGGAGCUGGGACUUAUAACGGGAAACCCAGGAAGAAGGUUGUUAUUGCAGACUCAGGAGAGAUACCUAUGAGCAAGUGGGAUGAAGAAACAUGAAGAAGUCUGACUCUUCAACAAGUACUGCGUUACAAAUGGUUUGGCUGCUCACGGCAUUAGUGUUUAAUCAAUCUGGCAUGUGUUUCUAGAUGACGCAUUCUGCCUUGUUUUGGCCAACUGCUCGUUUGGAGCAUUUAAUUUGUGCACCAGCACCCUAGCUAGCUAACAAUGUUACACAAUACAGAUACACUCUCAGUAGUAGACUUGUAGAUGAAACUUAUCAUUUUUGCAUCUACCUAAUGAAAAUUUACCGAUUAUGUACAA